AUGACAAGCCCAGCAUCGACGCCUAUACCUCAAGGUGCUGGAUCUUCAGCUACACCAUCAGUCGCUCCUGCACGUUCAAAUACCUCAAAUGCCACCAGCAGUCUUGGAACUUUCGGGGUCAAAUCGGGUCUCGCGCAGAUGCUCAAGGGUGGCGUGAUCAUGGAUGUCGUUAAUGCGGAGCAGGCACGUAUCGCCGAAGAAGCCGGCGCAUGUGCGGUUAUGGCUCUCGAAAGAGUACCUGCGGAUAUCAGAGCGGAGGGAGGAGUGGCCAGGAUGAGCGACCCCAAAAUGAUUAAAGACAUUGUCGAAGCUGUCACUAUUCCCGUUAUGGCUAAAGUUAGAAUCGGCCAUUUCGUCGAAGCUCAAAUUCUCCAAGUUAUUGGCGUGGACUACAUUGACGAGUCCGAGGUGCUCACGCCUGCGGAUGAUGAGCAUCACAUCAAUAAGCAUAACUUCAAGGUUCCUUUCGUCUGUGGUGCUCGUAAUUUGGGAGAAGCACUUCGCCGGAUAUCCGAGGGAGCUGCGAUGAUCAGAACCAAAGGUGAAGCGGGAACAGGAAAUGUUGUAGAAGCUGUCCGUCAUGAACGUGCUGUGAACAGCGAAAUCAGGAAAGCAAGUAGUAUGAACGAGGAAGAGUUGUAUACCUACGCGAAGGAGAUUCAAGCUCCUUUCCACCUUCUCAAGGAAGUCGCACGUUUGAAGCGUCUUCCUGUCGUUAAUUUUGCGGCUGGAGGGAUCGCUACGCCAGCUGAUGCGGCACUCAUGAUGCAGUUGGGUUGCGAUGGUGUCUUCGUUGGGUCCGGCAUCUUCAAGUCCGGCGAUGCCGCGAAGCGCGCUCGUGCGAUUGUACAAGCGGUUACUCACUAUAACAACCCAAAGGUCUUGGCCGAGGUUUCGGAAGAUCUGGGACCGGCUAUGGUCGGCUUGACGAUCGACGCUAACCUCAAGGGAGGCCAGAUGGCUGCCCGAGGAUGGUAG